AGUUCAGUUCAUCAGCAGAGUACGUACACUAAAAACAAACGCCAUUGUUGCUGUGUUAUGAUCAGUGUUGAGAUGUAGUGCGAAUUUUUUAACGAAAUGGGGGAGGUUGUUAAUUUGCGUGUGAUAACCGUUUGAAUGAGUGAAUAUGGAGUGGAUUUUUUCACAAUCGAUGAUGAAUGAUCAGAAUCUCAGAAGCAAUGUAUUGCUUUGGUUUUAUUGGUAUUUAAAUCAGAUGGAGCCUGCUGUAUUCACAGUGUUAUCUUGUGUACAAACAUAAAAUGUUUUGCCGCGACCUUUCUGUUUUUCAUCUGCACUUAGAAAUGUGAAAAGGGAUUCGCUUUUUGGUCUGAAUACUAUGUGUUAAUGUGUAGUUAGAGGACAAAUCAACAUGUUAUUAAUUUCAGCUAAAAAGUCAUCUUCCAGUAUUCAGGCAACUAUGCCACUUCAUAAACAUUCUGUAUCUUAUUUCCUUAUUGCUGUUCAUCUAAUUCUAUGUCCUUGUUACGGUUUGACUUCUAUAAAUGCUACUAAUGACAUGCUUUGUGAAAAGUAUAAUGAGACAAUGUGUGCUAGUAAUAGUAAUGGUGAAGGAUGCAAUGGAACAGAGGAAUGUAAACCUGGAGAGAAUGAAAAAGGAAAUUUAUGUUAUGUCUUAUGGCAAAAUAACAGUAGAUCGUUUACCAUUAAACUGAAAGGAUGUUGGGUAGGCAGUCAUGAUGCAUGCAGUAAUAAGAACAGGUGCAUGGAAACUAGACGUGAACCUAAUGUACAAUUAUUGUUCUGCUGUUGUGAAGGUUCUAUGUGUAAUCGAAAGAUGACAAUUCCUUCUAAUGGGUUUGCCCCGACACCUGCAGCUGCUAAGACCAGUACUGCUGCACCUAUUCGGAUGGCUUCAAGCAGUAGACAGAUUCGUAAUAUCCUGCUAUUUACAAUGCUGCCAUUCAUUACCAUUACUGUUGUUGUUGCUAUUGGUUAUUGGGUAUAUCGUCGACAUAAAAUGGCCCUCUUCAAUGAGUUGCCAACUACCGAUCCUUCACCUCUUCCACCUCCAUCGCCAUUACUUGGGCUUCGUCCAAUUCAACUUCUUGAAGUCAAAGCUCAGGGUAGAUUUGGUGCUGUGUGGAAAGCAUUAAUAAACAAUGAGCCUGUUGCAGUGAAAAUAUUUCCUCAUCAGGAUAAAAAUUCAUGGCUUGUGGAGCAGGAAAUUUAUAUGCUGCCGCAGAUGAAACAUGAAAAUAUUUUGAAUUUCAUGGGUGUUGAAAGGCGAGGUGAUCAAUUUCAAGUUGAAUAUUGGUUAAUUUCUUCAUACCAUGAAAAAGGUUCUCUUUACGAUUUUCUGAAGGCUAAUCUCGUAAGUUGGGGAGAAGUAUUAAGCAUAGCUGAUUCAAUAUCCAAAGGCUUAAUGCAUUUGCAUGAGGAACUUCCUGCUACAAAAGGAGAAAAAUACAAACCUGCUGUCGCCCAUAGAGAUUUUAAGAGCAAAAAUGUUCUGAUAAAGAAUGACAUGACUGCAUGCAUUGCAGACUUUGGCUUAGCUUUGGUGUUUUAUCAAGGAAAGCCUACUGGCGAAACUCAUGGACAGGUUGGCACUCGCAGAUAUAUGGCCCCAGAAGUCUUGGAAGGUGCUAUAAAUUUUAACCGAGAUGCUUUUCUAAGGAUAGAUAUGUAUGCAUGUGGAUUGGUUCUUUGGGAAUUGCUGUCCAGAUGUUCAGCGGUUGAAGGCCCAGUAGAUCAGUAUAUGUUGCCAUUUGAAGAUACUGUUGGUCAGCAUCCUACUUUGGAAGAUAUGCAAGAAGUUGUAUCUCAAAAGAAAAUAAGACCACAGUUCAAAGAAGUAUGGAGGAAACACCCUGGAAUCAGUGCACUGUGUGAUACAAUUGAAGAAUGUUGGGAUCAAGAUGCUGAAGCUAGAUUAUCAGCUAGCUGCAUUCAAGAAAGACUAACUUUCUUAUAUAAAACCCAGCCUCCUUACCCUGAAACACAAAUGAGCAUGGUGAAAGAAAUAUCGUGCUCUACCGCUACCUCAAAUUUAUGCCCAGAUGCAGCUUCUAUGUCCAAGUCUCAGCCAGUUUUGUUACCUAAAGAAUCUAGCAUAUAGGAUGAGAAAGUAUUUAUAUCAUAAAUACUUUGUGCCACAAUAUUUGACUGACUGACUGAUCUGAACUGAAUUGAAUUAUGGUUGUAUCUGCAAUGAUUUGUUUUACUGUGCAAGGAGCAGCUGGGUGUUUGACUAGCUGAAUGUCCUAAGAAAACAAAAUUUUGCAAAAUAUUUCUUGUAAUUCACAAGAUUUCCUUGUGCCUUCUAUCCAGUAGUACAAGUUUAUCACCGAAGUCAAGCUCUGCUUUGAUAUGCAGUAGCCUUCUCAUAAUUCUAGCAUGUGCAGGGGGAAGUAAAGAAUGUUGCUUGAUUAUAUUAUUAUUUUUUACUUUGUAGACUUGAUUUUCAUUUUUAACAGAGAGUAUAUGUCAUAACAUUUAUUAAUACUCAGUUACGUACAGCUUUAAAAUUGUCUGUGAAAAAGUCUGCCUUUUUAUUAUUCAUUAUUCAAAAAAAUGUUUUAUCUAUGUUUUUUCUUAUAAAUGAAUUUCACUCAUUUUCUAUUGAAUUUUGCAGUCAAUUUGAAAAUUCUUGUGUACCAUUUUAUGGAACUUUAUUAUGAUAUUUAUAAAUUUAAGGCACAAAUACUUUAAUUAUGUGCUUAAGUUUUACUAUUUAAAGCUGGUUUAAUGUAUCUAGUUAUCCUGUUUUGAUAUGGAGUCAUUAUUUUCAAUGUUAAGUUGUAGUUUCAUUUUCUGCUCAGUUAUCCGAAUACAAAUUAUCUUAUAAUUUUUGUUGUAUGUUUAUUGUAUCUUCAGUCAGUCAUAUUUGUCUGGCAUAGAGCUGACCCAAGCUCCUAUUGUUGAGUUGAAGUUUGAGAUUACAACUAUUAGUUGCUCUUGUCAAUGUUCCUAUUAACUUAGCCUCCAUGGGAUGCUGCCAGUACCUGAAUCUUGAAAUGGCAGGGAUUGCAAUGUCAUUCUUAUGUACUCUAAAUGAGAAAGACCCCAAUUCCCCCUGAAGCACCUGAACAGUAAUUGAAAGGAAAAUUGGUGUAGUGGAAUUAUGUGUCUUAAGUACAAGAAAAUAAAUGUUGUCUACUACCGAAUUACUAAUGAAGGUGAUCUACAUAAAAGGACAAUUGUUAAGCCUGACAGCAAGUGCCAAAAGUUGGGUUCCAUUUAAAAUUGUAAUAUAUAGCAUUAAACCCUUUUCCUUCAUAAAGGACAGUUUACUGUCAUUAAAAAUUUUUAAUAAGUAUUUGCAAUCUUAGGUCUUUAGCUUGUAUCAUCACAUCGGAUCUAACAAGUGCUUUUAAGGACUCAUAAGUCUUAACUGCAACAUUGCCCAUUGUAUGGAAUUCAUUGUCUUCUGUUGUUUAUUGAAAAGAAAAAGAAAAGAUAAAAAAAAAUUUAAAAAAAAAAACUUUAAUCCUCUAAAUAUCACAUCAGCCAAAGUGCUGAUUCAUCAAAAUUUGAGUGGCUGUCCAUCCAGCCAAACCAUUGUGGUCUUUGUUUCCUUCCAGAAGAGUAUUAAAUGGUACAGAGCACUUAUUUCAUGCUAACAUUACCUUUCUGCCAUCCUCCUUGUCGUUUUAUGAAGGAUUUCAAAUUCCUUUUCAAGGUUUUUCGCGACAUAACUAGCAGUAAGAUAAGAUAUAACGAGGAAAGAAACAUUUUAUUCCUCAGCUGUUCUGGUAUUUUGAAAGAUUUAUCGUGAAGAGUGUACCGGAUGUCAGAGGGUAAGACUUCCCCCUUCUGCCGGAUUUACAUUUCAUUUAUUAAACAAUUGAUGCGGGUUUUAAUUGAAUCAUGUUUAUCUAUUUGAUGUUAUAAUUUGCGUCCUUGAUUCAUUCAUUUUUUAUUAUUUUUUUAUUUUGAGAUACUUGAGUUACUUCUUUAGGUCGUAUGUUAAAAAUGGAAAGAACAAAACCAAUUAGUUAUGCGGUGUUGGACAUUCAUAUUUACAGUUAUACUAUUAGCAUUUAUAUAAAUUGUCUUUAAAACAAGAAAUUGCAUUGCAACUUCUUGUAAUUAUUUUCUUGUAUACAACUGCGUGAAAACCAAAUGUAUUAUCAUAAAAUUUAUGUAUAUAAUUUUAUUCUAAAAAAUUAUUUCGGAUAUCCCCCCCCCGAAUUUUAAAUUCAAUUGAGAUUUUAAAUCGGUAUUUUGAAAAUGUAAACACUUUUUUCACUGCUCUCUAUAUUGAGUAUGAUUUGUUUUAUUUUAUGCUGCUGAUUGCUAAAUAACUUUUAAUGAAGCUAAGUAAUAAAAAAUAAUCAAACUUUUUUUCUUGUUAAGCAUUUGUUGAGGAAAAAUUUUUUUAUUUGUAUUAAAAAUAAAUUGUUAUGAGGAAAAAUUUGCAUAUCAAAUGAAUCGAAUGAAAAUAAGUUUUUUAUUAUUUUAAUGAACAAUUUGUGAGGGAAAGAAGUAUUUUGUUGAACAAUUAAAUGUUGCAUGUCCAUAGCACCUAAAUUGUAGGACGCUAUAGCUCUGCAUUUGCUCCUACUCCCAAAGAACUGGUGCUUAUUUAAGAUCAUCUUAAACUUGUGUAUGUUUUGGAUGAAUCAAUGUGAUAAUGUCCGACUAAUUCAUGACUUUAGUGGUGAACCACUAUGAAACCUAGAGGUAGAUAGUUUUGGCAUUUUAAAUUUUGCUAAUCAGUUCACAUUAAACUUCACUUUUUUUUUUAUCAUGUGCGUAAAAUAUUUUUGGUGAGCCAAAAUAUUUCUUUUCAGUAAUUUAACUUUUAAAAUUUUGCAAGUAGACUUUCUGUAUCAUUGUAACAUUAAGGUGUUAUUUUUAUUCACAUCAUUUAUCAAUCAUUAUCAUACAUCAAUUUAUCCUAUGGUAUUAAUUCAUUUAUUGUGCAUUUUAUACAAACCUCAGUGUUGUCAGCAUAAAUGUGACAUUUAUUAAGAGACUAAUACAAGAAUGUACAAAAUGUGUUGUGUGUUAUUUUAGAUGUUUUAUUUUAUUGUGCAUUUUCCACAUAUGAUAUUUCAAAUGGCUAUUUCAUUAAAUUAUACCUUUAUGCGAUUACAUUAUUCAUAUUGGGAAUGUUUAUAAAAUUUUAAUUAAAAGGCUCGAAAGAGAAAUUCAUUUUUAUACUAACACAUAUUUUGCUCUGUUUAUUUUAUAGUAAUUUGAUCAUUAAUAAAUUGAAUAUACUGUUUUCAUUUCGUAAUGUCAAAAUAUUCAGUUAUAAUUUGUAAAAAUGUGGAUUGAUUGUAAAUAUGUUUGUUGGCUUAAUGUUUUUUAGAUAAUUUGACGUUUAUUGUGAAUUUAAUUUAAGAACUCAUUUUUGCUUGAACUAUAAUCGAUACAUCAUUAAAAAUGGUUUUAUUUAAAUAUUCUAGUAUAUCUGUGUAUUAUAUGAAGGAUUACUCAUUUUGCGAUCUUUUUGUCAGUGCAAAACUGCUUCCUCUGAAAGUAAAGAUAAUUUCCUCUCAAUAUGUCUUUGUUCAGUUUCUUAAUUUUGUGGGAGGGCGUUUUGAAAUUUGGUGCAUUUGCAUUAACAUAAAUAUCUGAGGAUCAAAUAUAUGAGAUGGUUGUCGUAUGGAAAUUAUUCUAAAUUUUUCAAAGAUUACUAUUCUAAGCACACUUGAAUAUACAUACAUUAAUCCAGUUCAACUUUUAUUUUUCCAUUUUGUUAAUUAAAAAGGAGGAGAUUAGUUUUCUAACUAUGUAAUUGAAACGAAAUAUUCUAAAUUUUUUAUCGAGUAAGUGCCACUUUAUUAUUUGUUUUUUACAAAUUCCUUUGCCUUUUAACUUUUUAAAAAUUCUGUUUGGUCUUUGAUUUCGUUCUACUUAUUUGGUAAUAAUCUACCACACUACUUCUUUGCCCUCUUUCUAUAUUGUAUAACAAAUGCUGUUAUUUAUUUUUAAUUCUAUAAAGCAUUUUGGAAGUGAAGGAAGUUAUGGAAGUGAACUUUACAACGAAUUCAAAGUACAAUAGGAAAAUGUUGUCUUUUGCGGUGGCGGUUUAUCAGUAUUUUUUUUUUUUUUUUCUGUCACUCCUUCUAUCUUAUGUAUUCUGUCUACGGGUUCUUUUUUUCUUGCCUCCUUCAAGAAAGAAUAAAAAGAGAUGUUUUACUCUUGCCAUUCCUUAUAACAAAGUAAAAAGUUGGUAACUUGUGUUUGACGGCAUCGGAAUUUGUACUUCAAACAUUGUAGGAAGGUUUCGGAAAAUUUUGUUUUUAAGUUUAUCUGUUUCAUAAAAAAUUGAAAAUUGUGGAAUUUUUGGACUUUUCCAGUGAAAUGAUUAUUAUGGGCGUGACAUAUAAAACAAAUUAUGAGCUUGGAAUUCCCUUUUGUUGAAAACAGUAUGAUUAUUAUAAGUUUUAGAUAAUGGAUAAGAGUAUUUUUUCUUUUUAAAUAUGAUCUUCAAAAAAAAGAAGAAGAAGAAGCUUUAAUUAUAGUUAUCACUGAGGAAAAUUGCAAGGCAUGACUUAAGGUCAGAUGAUUGUGUGGUUUCUACUCUUUCUUGUCCAAUAAUUUUACUUUUAUUCAAUGUAAUGAAUACAAUUACAUUAUCAGUAUGAUGCAUUUGUAAUUUCGGUAAUUGGGUUGGUAUUAGUUCGGAAUCAUUCAGCUAGUUUAUUUUUGUUGAUUUCCACUUGAACAAUUCCAUCAUUAACUGACCUUAUCUAGUAUAAAUAUGUAGGUGUUUGUUCAGUUCUCAGGAUUUAUGUGAGUUUGGCUCAUUUUAGGACUUCUAGUUCUUAAUAUAUUUUUUUGAAACAUUGGAUUAUUACGGACCAUGAAUAUUUGAAAUACUGGUUAUUAGCAUUAUAUCAAGUAUCUUUGUGAACAAGAUUCCUUAUUAUGUGUGUGUGUGUGUGUGAUUUUUGCUCUCAGGCUAUGUUAUUUUGUAUUGUUCUCUUAAAGAUUUUUUUUUCUGUGUUUAUAAAUGUAUCCUCAGGUUUCUGACAUUUAUUGUUAAGUAUUUUUAAGUUUAUGGGGCCGAAUUUGUAAAAGUAGUGUUCCAUUUCUCUAAAUUUGAAAGCUUUAUGUUUUAUUUAUUUAUUUAUUAAUUUUAUUCUCAAAAUUAUGCUAUGAUCUCAGCAAUAAUUUUCAAAUUUGUUAGUAUUUUAUAUUUCUUCAUCUUUGACCGAGCAAGUACAUGCGUGUUUGCAAUAUGUUUUAUCAUUAGUACUGGAUCAUCUUCCAUUAUGCUCCAUUUGGCAACUCAGCAAAUACCAGUACCUGUCUAUCAGGAGAGUAGAGUUUCAUGUUAAAAAUAUGAUUAAAUAAAUAUAAAAUCUGGAAGUGCCUCUUUGUUGUUCUGAAAAAGUUGAAACUCUCCUCUCCUCAUGAAUAUUAUUUUUAAAUAAUUUAAAAAAGUAUAUUUCCAUUUUUUGUCAUUUUAUAAAAAAUUGCCAUUUAAUCAUGCAAAUCAGAAUUACGAUUCCAGUUUGGUUUCCUGUUUAAAACACUGCAUUGUAUUAUAUAUAUAUAGAUAUAUCUAUAUAUGUAAUUUCUGUUACAAACAAAAAAAACUUUCUAUGUAGAUUUUCUAAACUUAUAUAGAAUGUUUCCCCGGUGCUGUGUUCACUGCAUUUUUAAAGUGAUAGUGAGUUAAACACUCAUUACACCUUUGUUUGGGAUGUUUGCAUAUUUUUUAAUUAUCUAAGAUUGUAGAUAUAGUAUCAAUAAAUGCUAUUUAUGGGGAUUAUUUAAUUAUCUAGAUCACAAUAAUAUUAACUGUAUACGUAGGCAUAGGCGUGUAAGAAAAUAUAAACCUUUAGUCUUAAGCCUACUCUGUGUAUACUUUAUUUUAUAUUCAAUAUUACUUAAUUUUGCAAUUAAGGAAAGUUUUAUAAAUAUUUUGUUAUAUUGUUUUAUCAUGUUAAUAUACAACAUUUUCAUCAUUGUACAGAAAUAUUUACAAGUUAUUAAUAUAAAGCACGCAUUUUUGAAACAGUUAAAAUAGAUAAAUCUGGAUAUAUGAAUCUUUGGUCAUGUACUUACAUAUUUGUUUUGUACCACAUUUUAGCAUAGAGCUCAUAGUUGUCAGGAGGACCAACAAGUAGAAAAAUAUUCGUAUUUUGAGAUGGAGACUCAUGUUACUACAGUGUAUGUAUGCCUGUAUGUGUGGUCGGAUGAAUGUGUGUGUGUGUGUGUGUAAUUAUACAUGUGAGGUACGUGUGCAUGCUUGAUACGAAUGUAGGUGUUACAAAUGUAUAUUAUACUGGCCUGGAAAAACUUGUAGCUUUGUAUAUUUUUAAGAUUGUUUUUAUGUAAACACUUAUAGCUGUUUAUAGCGUUUCUUUGGCACUCUUAAUGUACUAGACAUUGUUUAUGUUUUUUUGUCUUUAAUGUUUGUGAUCUGUGCUGUGCUAGAUGUGUUUGGUUUUGUGUAAUGACAAUUUUGUUUAUCAGAUUUUUAAAACAAAAGUUUUCCGCUUGAUUUUGAUAGUUUUUCCUGUUUGCAAUAUGAUAAGAAGAAGGCAUUAAAAAACAAUUUAUAUGAAUAAUAAUUUUUUAAAAUUCUUUCUAUAUUUGGUCAAAGAUUAAAAUAUGAAAUUUUUUACAUUAUUGGCCUGAUCCGGUGCUUUGAUUUAUUUUAUUUUUUCCCCCCUGAAAAGUAACUUUGUUACUGCCUUUCUUUCUGAAAAUGAAAUAUUUGUAAUUUCAGUAAUUAUUAUAAUUUGAAAGUAUAAAGAAGUAUUGUACUUAUUAUUUUUAUAUAGUUUUAUGUGAAUCAUUUUAUGUUAAACUUUAUUCUAGUCCUUUUUAUUAUCUGAAUAUUGAAAACAGUAUAUUUUUAAUUAAUCAUUACUCUCAUUGAGAAUUAUAUCCUCAUAUAAUAAGGAAUUUUUUUAGCAGUCAACUGAAUAUGCUAUUUUUGUGCUGUAGUUACAAGAACUUUUCUUAUGUAAAUAUUUGUUUCGAUCAUC